AAUGUCUACGACAUCUGUAUGAGGAUUUGUUACUUUAUGACAGAAUCCGUCGUAUCCGAAUUGUGUAUCCUGGUGUUGUAACUCUCUUGAGACGUGGUUGAGACCCUGUUCUAAUCAAAGUACUAGGAAAUUCAUCAAGUGUAUGACUUUGAGAUUGACAGUGAAGGCCAUGCAAUGGAGGGGUACUUAUUUCCAGAUCUUCACUCGGGGGACAGAGUGCAAGUGAACUUACCAGAGGGCGAUUCAAUCACGGAAAAUGCCAAGGAUGUGAAAUACAUCCGCCUCAAAAUUCAAAAGUGUAAAAAUAGUACGAGUCCUCCUCUUUUCCGUGUGUUCGACUCGGAAUACUUCUCAGUCGACAAAGACAACUAUAUUGUGGUAGACACCAAUAACACUGCCGAGUUACAAGAGAAAAAGGAACUUAGGUUUUAUGUUGUACUUAUUAACGAACAUGGUCAGGCUGUCUCAAAUCCUCUUCCAUUUAUUGUCCGUAUUGAAAAUAAAACUGAAGGUUCAUCAGACAACCCCCUGCAUCCUGCCAUUUUUGCAGGGGUUUUAGUUUUAAUUAUAGUUCUGCUAGCGCUAGGAAUUCCAUUCGUAGUGAGAGCAAAGAGGAGAUUUAAGCAGGGAAAACCCGUUAUGAAACUAGGUAGUUAUCCAGGUUCUAGUGCGGAUCUGAAGGCUAUAAUGGUGUCCGAAUCGGUGGAGGAUAUUCCUGGAAUGAAGCGACGACAGAGUGAACCAAACUGUUUCGGGGAAAAUAGAAUCCUCUCCUAUGAGGAUGAGGUGAAAACAGAGAAAGCUACCUUCACCAAAGAAAUUAAACAGCUUGAGAGGAAAAUUUCACAAGGACAAAGCAAUAGUGCUGCACUAGAUGAUGACGACGGAUUGGUGAAAUACACAAAGACCCCUCAAAAAGGGAUUCUGAAGAAUAGCGACCCCAGUCAUAAUGACAAUGAAAAAGUAUCUGUCUCGGUUGAUGUUCAUGGAAAGCCCUAUAGUGAAGAACAAUCAAAAUUAUAAUACUGAAUUUCAUCAAAGAUUAUUUACUAGUAUUCAAAUAUUUUUUUUUUAUAUUGAGUUAUUUUUUAUAUAUAUCUAUGAGCAAAGGUUGAUUAAUUUACUGUGCAUUAUAGUAAUUGA